CUAUUUGUGCACAUCUUAAAAGAGAAAUCAAAAUGUGAAACCUCUCUCCACUCUCCAGACAAAAAAGAUUAUAUUUCACCAUAUUUUUUCUUUUUUCUUUUUUCUUAUUCAACAAGUCUUGAAUCUUAAUCAGUCUUCUUCUCCCCCCAUCUCUAAAAACAUUUUGAGUUCAACCCACGAGUUCUAUUCUUUGAAAACCAAAAUUUCUAUAACCCAAUUAUAAUUUCUUUGUAUACUUGGAAAUGAACCCUUCACUUUCUGCUGAGAACAAAGAAGAAGAAGUCAUUGAUAAUUCCACACAUAGUAGUCCACCCCAUGAAGCCAUGUUUCUUGUCUUAGCUUACCUUCCUCUAUUUGAGCUUCUGGCCCUGAGUCAAGCUUGUAGGUCACUGAGAGAUGCAGUGAACAACGAUAUACUACCAUGGCUUAAUAAUAUUGUCGUGAAAAAGCCGUUAAACUCGCGGCUUUCUGAUGAUAUUCUGAUGAAAAUAGCUUCCAAAUCAAACGGUCGGAUGAGGACUUUGGCUUUGGUGAACUGUGUGAAGAUCACAGAUGAUGGACUUCAAAGGGUUGUGGAAAAGAAUCCUCUUAUUAGCAAGCUCUAUAUUCCAUCAUGCACAGCAUUAACACCCGAGGGAGUCAUUAACACAGUGAAGAUCCUAACUGGCAACAAUCUCAGUUUAGUUAGCUUAAAGAUUAGCGGUAUCUACAACAUAAACAAAGAGCACCUCAAAACUCUGCACUCUUAUCUUGAUAUCAACCCAAGACUACAAAGAAGGCAAAAACAACAAUGCAGCUUAUAUGUUGAGUCUAAAAAAUUCUCCACAUUUGGGCACGACGAAAGUGAUUGUCCAUUAAUUGACAUAGAUAUCUGUCCGAAAUGUGAUGAAGUAAGGAUGGUUUUCGACUGCCCAAAGGAGAGUUGUGAGAUCAAGAGGCAGCUCCAACAGAUAGAGUGUAGAGGAUGCUACCACUGCAUUCCGAGGUGUGAAGAGUGCGGGAAAUGCAUAGGAUUUGAAGAGCUGGGAGAGGCAGCUUGUGCAGAUUUCUUGUGUUCGGAAUGCUGGUUUGAGCUUCCGAAAUGUAACUUCUGUAAUCAGCCAUAUUGUAGCCAACACGCUGAUCAGCAGUGCAGUCUUCCAGGCUCUUCAGGGUUUGUUUGUGGUGAUUGUUAUAUGAAAUUCAUUAGCAAUUCAAAUGAUUGAGUUGGUAUAUAAAUUAGCAUUCGAGUUAUAGAAUGUUUUCGUAGAUUCUAUAUAGAGAAUACUUCUAUAGUCAAGUUGAAAUAAAAUGUAACUAUUAUGGAUCACCCUAUUUAUUAUUCAGCUUUUGGGGCAACUUUAUGUAAAUGACUGCUUUAGUUUCUAAUACAGAUAUAUGCUCAGAAAUAGGUACAUUUUUAAUCA